AUGACAUUUUUAACCCACGGUGAUCCUAGACGAUAUAAUGCUCCAACAUCAAAUGAUGUGGCAGUUGUGUUUGUAGGAGAUAAUGGAAUUCCACCAACUAACAUUGAUAUAUGUGUUUAUCCUAAAGAGCGACAAAUUAGAACUGAUAAAAAUCCAUAUCCUUAUACUAUAUUUCCAUACACAAGUCGUAAUAGUGAUCCAUUAGUUUAUCCAUUACUGUUUGCUAAUGGUGAACUAGGUUGGGAUCCAGCACUACGACAUCAUGGACCAAGGCGAACAACAGUUAGAAAUCAUCUUACCCAGAGAGAGCUUUAUUGUUACAGGUUUGCUCGGCGUGAACAAUUUUCAGUUAUACAUCAAAGUGGAUUAUUAUUACAACAGUAUAUUUGUGAUGCUUUUAUUCGUUGUGAAGCUAACAGAUUAAAUUUCAUUCGUUUAAAUCAAGACAAACUUCGAGCAGAGUCAUAUAAAGGUUUAACGGACGCACUAGCAGGUGACUUAAAUGUUCCAAUUGGUCGCCGUAUAAUUUUACCAUCAAGCUUUACCGGAUCUCCCAGAUAUAUGACUCAAUGUUAUCAAGAUGCCAUGGCUAUGGUGCGCAAAUGUGGAAAGCCUGAUUACUUUAUUACAAUGACAUGUAACCCGAAUUGGCCUGAAAUUAAAGCGAAUUUAUCCAACAAUAAUUCAGCUGACGCACCAGAUUUAAUUGCACGUAUUUUUGAAUUAAAAGUUGAUCAACUCAUUAAAGAUCUAACAGCAAAUAAUGUUUUGGGAAAAUUAAAAGCAUUUGUUUACACGAUUGAAUGG